UUAGAACGGGAGCUCUUUCUGGGGCAAAUACAAAGACCGCGUUUCUUCCUACAAAUUAGUGGCAUCCUCCCGCUGUAUGGAUUCAGCUGGCAAAGUAACUCAAGCCUUGUCCUGACUGCAGGGGUGGGCGGGGUGGACGGCUCGGUGUUCUGCCCGUUGUGCCUUGCGCUCGAGGUGCUGGUCUACGCCGGCCUGGACAGUCCGGGCUAAGAGCGGGAGCCGAGCGGAGGCGGAGGAGAUGGCGUCCCAGCCGCCACCUCCCCCAAAACCCUGGGAGACCCGCCGAAUUCUGGGAGCCGGACCGGGACCAGGACCGGGCCCCACUUUCCAAUCUGCUGAUUUGGGUCCUACUUUAAUGACAAGACCUGGACAACCAGCACUUACCAGAGUGCCCCCACCUAUUCUUCCAAGGCCAUCACAGCAGACAGGAAGUAGCAGUGUGAACACUUUUAGACCUGCUUACAGUUCAUUUUCUUCUGGAUAUGGUGCCUAUGGAAAUUCAUUUUAUGGAGGCUAUAGUCCUUAUACUUAUGGAUAUAAUGGGCUGGGCUACAACCGCCUCCGUGUAGAUGAUCUUCCACCCAGUAGAUUUGUUCAGCAAGCUGAAGAAAGCAGCAGGGGUGCAUUUCAGUCCAUUGAAAGUAUUGUGCAUGCUUUUGCCUCUGUCAGUAUGAUGAUGGAUGCUACCUUUUCAGCUGUCUAUAACAGUUUCAGGGCUGUAUUGGAUGUAGCAAAUCACUUUUCCCGAUUGAAAAUACACUUUACAAAAGUGUUUUCAGCUUUUGCAUUAGUUAGGACUAUACGGUAUCUUUACAGACGGUUACAGCGGAUGUUAGGUUUAAGAAGAGGCUCUGAGAAUGAAGACCUCUGGGCGGAGAGUGAAGGAACUGUGGCAUGCCUUGGUGCUGAGGACCGAGCAGCUACCUCAGCAAAAUCUUGGCCAAUAUUCUUGUUCUUUGCUGUUAUCCUUGGUGGUCCUUACCUCAUUUGGAAACUAUUGUCUACUCACAGUGAUGAAGUAACAGACAGCAUCAACUGGGCAAGUGGUGAGGAUGACCAUGUAGUUGCCAGAGCAGAAUAUGAUUUUGCUGCCGUAUCUGAAGAAGAAAUUUCUUUCCGGGCUGGUGAUAUGCUGAACUUAGCUCUCAAAGAACAACAACCCAAAGUGCGUGGUUGGCUUCUGGCUAGCCUUGAUGGCCAAACAACAGGACUCAUACCUGCGAAUUAUGUCAAAAUUCUUGGUAAAAGAAAAGGUAGGAAAACGGUGGAAUCAAGUAAAAUUUCCAAGCAGCAACACUCUUUUACCAACCCAACACUAACUAAAGGAGCCACGGUUGCUGAUUCUUUGGAUGAACAGGAAGCUGCCUUUGAAUCUGUUUUUGUUGAAACUAAUAAGGUUCCAGUUGCACCUGAUUCCACUGGGAAAGAUGGAGAAAAGCAAGAUCUUUGAUAUCUUUCAUGUUUGCCUGCAGUUGAACAAUACUUUAGAGUACUUUUUAAAAUUAUUUCUCACAAAGAAAUGAAUGUACAAUCCAAUGAAAACAUUUGUUACUGGCUAUUCCAGGUGUUUUGCUGCUAGAAAUUAUUAAAGUUACACACUAGUAUGUUGAUCUGGUGACCUGGUUACAUUUUAUUAUACACAUUAUUGGACCAUAAGGACAUUUGUUUCACCUAGAUUUUAAGAUUAUGGAGACUACUGUCAUUUUCAUCUUAUGUAAAUCUCUAGGUUUAUUGGAAGAGUAAGAUUGAUGAACUAUAGCAUGGACAGUUUGGUACAGUAGGGAUCAUUAAUAUUUUUAAAAGUUCUACAUUAAUUGACUUGGAAUCCUUAGAAAUAGAGUGAUAACAUAUCAGUAUGAGAACAGGCAAAAGGUAAAUUUUUUUUUUUUUUUACAACCUUAAGUAAUCUCAAUAAUAAAAUUUUCUGAUCUGUAUUAUA